AUAUUUGUAAACAAAGCAUACAAAAGACAUAAUUCCAUAUUUCAUUAGCCAUAGAAAAAACACUUCACUUUAUUAUAAAAUAAAUAUCUGAACAAACAAUUCCCGAGUAGUCCAUAUUCUAAAAGCUGCUAUGGACUCAACCGAGAAGACUGCCGCCCAAAAGCUAGCCGAACGCAAGGAGCGUCUACGAAAUCUCCACAAAUUACGACAAGAGGCACGUACGCAUAACCACCAGGAAGUUAUAGCUGAAGAUGCACGUAAAAAGUUGCCCAAUAAUUGGGAGGCAAGGAAACGCCAAGCCGAUUGGUUAUUAGCAGAUGAAAAAGCUCGCGAAGAAGCCAAAGCCGAGGGACAGGAUUAUGAUCGUCUCAAGUUACUCGAAGUAUCCGCCAUAGAUGCAGAAAAAAUAGAAAAGAAGAAAAAGAAACAAAAUCCGGAUUUGGGAUUUUCCACAUUUGAAGCACAGACGGCCCGUCAAUACAAUCGUCUGGUAAAGAAUAUGCCUGCCCGUGAUAUGGCAAAAUAUGAGAAACAAAAGGCCGAGCUGGGAGAAGCUUUCUAUGGCUGCCCCAAUACAAUUAUACAUGGUUUGGUAAAAGACACACCCUCUGCCAUAAACAAUAUGGUGAAGGAUUUGGAACAACAAAUCGACAGACGUAAGAAGUACUCACGCAGAAGAAUUUACAAUGACGAUGCUGAUGUAGACUUUAUCAAUGAAAGGAAUUCUAAAUUCAAUAAGAAACUGGAGAGAUUCUAUGGUGAACACACAGCAGAGAUUAAACAGAAUUUGGAACGUGGUACCGCUAUUUAAGGGAGCAAUAAAGGAAUACAGUUUUUUUGGUUUAAUGAUUGUUGUAUUGUAAAUUAUUAGACGAAACGAAGCAAUAAAUCUUGGAAAUCAUUGA